UGUUUCAUACUCCGGAGCCCGGAGUGCUGAUGUGUUUCUGAGACGUUUUAGUUGACAGAUCCCUCAGGGUCUGAUCAUUUUUAUCGGUAUAUUAACGGGUAGAAGCGGGAGCUGUUGUAAGGUUCAUGACAGAGAGGACCCACCGGAGGAGAUCCUCAGUAGAGACGAGUAGAGGGAAUGGCGCCCAAAGGUAAAGUUGGAACAAAAGGAAAGAAGCAGAUCUAUGAGGAGAACGAGGCGACGCUCAAGUUCUACACCAGAGUCAUCCUUGGAGCCAAUGCAAUAUAUGCUGCUGUGAAUUUUUUAGUUUUCUACAGUUCUUCCACGUUAUGGACCUGGCUGCUGCUGCUGUUUGCACUGGCCGUGUACGUGGGGAGUUACCGCUCUAUGUCAGCCAUGGCCAAACCAGCGUUUGCUGAGGACGGAAGCCUCGUGGAUGGAGGAAUAGACCUAAAUAUGGAGCAGGGAAUGGCGGAACACCUUAAAGAUGUAAUCCUGCUCACCGCCAUAGUGCAGGUGCUUAGCACCAUCUCUUCUUAUUUCUGGUACCUUUGGUGGUUGGCCCCCGCUCGUGCCCUGCACCUACUUUGGGUGAAUUUUCUGGGCCCCUGGUUUAUGGCAGAGAAUCCUUCAGCACCUGAGGAGGUGAAUGAGAAAAAGCAGAAAAGACAAGAGCGUAGACAGAUGAAGCGAUACUGAUGCUGCAGAGCGCACUGAGCAGUAUUUUUAUACACACACAAUUUAAUAUACAGGAGGAGGGCAACCCGUAAGUUAUUCAGGAGGAAAUUUUUGGUUAUUGAGUUAAAUCCGGUUGAAAUCAGAUCCAGUGAAAUCCUGUCAUUCAUGUUUGUUUUCUUUCUGCUUUCAUGCUGUAAUCUAAUGUUCUCCCUAAAUUAUGAAAUGAAAUGUUCCCUGUUUAGAUGAUGGCUCGCUCUAAAUCCCAUUCGUCUUCAUGACAAAAUGU